CACAGCAGAGGGACCGAGCUCUGACACCGGAACGAUGGACGACGUCCCCCCGAUCAUCAACAUCUCCAUCUCGCUGCGGAUCCAGCCCAACGAGGGGCCCGUCUUCUUCAAGGUGGACGGGACCCGGUUCGGCCAGAACCGGACCAUCAAGCUGCUCACGGGCUCCAAGUACAAGAUCGAGGUGGUGCUGAAGCCUGGGAACGUCGAGGCCAUCAACAUGAACAUUGGAGGCAUCGUCUUCCCUCUGGAGCAGCAGUCCCGGGACGAGGAGUCGGUGGUGUAUCACGCCCAGUACGACACUGAGGGCGUCCCCCACACCAAGAGCGGAGACAGACAGCCCGUCCAAGUCAGCAUGGAGUUUAACAAAGCAGGGACGUUCGAGACGGUCUGGCAGGCCAAAUACUACAACUACUACAAGAGGGAGCACUGCCAGUUCGGCAACAAGUUCAGCAGCAUCGACUACGAAUGCAAACCCAACGAGACCCGGACCCUCAUGUGGAUCAACAAGGAGGCGUUCAACUGAGUCGGCUCGUCCCUGCGAGCGUCCACACAACCAACACAGAGCAGAGGACGUCAGCGUCAGCGGGACUUUACCUUCCAACAUCAGCAUCACAGUAACAGGACAGCU